GUGGGGAGGUUCUUUGGAGAAGUUGACGGCUCAGUGAUGGCACGCCUUAUCAAGAUGGGCAUGUUCAAAAGGGUAUCUCUAUACGACUAUCAGGCCAUGUGUAAGAUGGGAGGACAUUCUGCCAGCAGCGCCAGACCCCUUCUUAAUCCCUUCUAUGGUCUGGCGGCUGCUCUAAAAUGGUUCCUCACCAACUUCCUACUAUUUUUACUGGAGUUCAACAUAUGCGGACUCUGGCACUCCGACCACUUUGCUGAAGCCAAGCCCGGCUUCAAAGCGUCGGCCCAGAAGAAGAAGGGAGACAUCCUGCAGCCGUGUGACACGGAGUACCCCAGCUUUCUGUACGAGCCCUCCAUCAAGGAGACCAACAGCCUCAUCAAGUGUGGACGCUGUCAGAAGAUGUUUGUAACCCAGGUGGUCCCUGACAGUAACCUGCUGAUGUUGGUGAUACAGGCAGACUGUGACUGUUCCCGUCAGUACCCUCCUAUCACCAUGGAACCCAAGGAAGUGAAAUAUAUCCUUUAACUUACUGGUUCACUCUCACAAGCCCUCUUCCUGACACAGACAGUGAUUGAAAGAGGUAUAAUGGUGUUGUGGAAGUGGGAUUUGAGAUCUAUGAAUAAGCAGU